AUGACGCGUCCCAGCUUCAACGAGAUCCCCAAAGUGCACCCGUACCCAACAUCUCGAAUACCGCCGGCAGUCAAGGACCCGCAAAUGAGGAUAAGGGCGAAGAAACUGGUUGGGGAUGUCGUGCGCGCCGAAGACAGCGAAACGCCAUUACGAAAAGCGUCGAAGCCCAAGAGUGGAAUAGACAUCAUGAGGGUGCAUGCAGGCCGAGGACCUCAACAGAUCCGUGAAACGAGGAUACGCGGCGAUCGUUGA